GGAAAGAGAAAUGUUAUUAAGCAAUCUUAUGCCAAAAAGAGAGAAAGCAUGUCCUCUUGGCUUAAUAAAAAGGUCAAGAAAAGGGCUUGAGAAUAAUUUUUCCAAAAGAAAUAUUGACCAGAGAACAUGAUUACAUCUGAUUAAUAAAUAUGACCUUAAACAGCCUGUUGAGUUUAGAAAUUUGUUAUUAACCCUAGACAUUGCUAAUCUAGAGAGCAUCAAUUUUAUAAAAGAGGUUAAAAUACUUAAGAAUUUCAAGAUCAGGAAUCUGUCUGGUGUUAUUAUUAAUCAUAUCCCUAGUAGGAAAUCAGAUGCAGUUGUAGAUUUGCUCGAGAGUCUUUCUCAGCAAAAACUCACUAAGCUGAUGUUCGAUCAUUACAGCUAUUGAAAAAUUAAAUAACUUUAACUCGUAUGCUAAAAGUUUUUGAAAAGUUGCUCCAAGAGUCACCGGCAUGAUAUCGAUUACAAGGUGUGUAAUCAACCAGAGCAACUUCAACUCCUUGAUCCUGGCAUCAACUAAUGUUGAGCAGUUGAAGCUUGCAAGAUGUACCAUUGACAGUUACGGAAUUAAAAAAAGAAUUCCAAGAAAUUAUACAUUAAAAAUAAUCACAUUUAUUGAAUGAGGAAAUAAAAAGUUUAGCGAUUGGGACUCAAAUCAGAAAUAAAUUUGAAGGAAUCCUCCAAACUAUUUGUCGGACAGGGGCUAAUAGAAAGCUUCAAAAAAUAGAGCUCUGCGAUAAUAUUAUCUCUGUGUCAAAGAUGCAUAAAAUCUGCAGUAAUUAUAACCUUCCUAGAGUCAAGUUUGAAAUUCUUGAUGAAGAGUUACAGACCUAUACAUCCUUCACCACUCCCGAUCUUGUUUAAAUAUUUCUUAAUGGUGUUAAUUCAAUUUUAC